AUCAUUUUCUAUGAACAGAAACCACGUGCCCUUCACUCUCCCCCCCUCCGCCAAUAAACACCACAACCGCCUUUUUAACACCACCAUCUUUCUACCUGUAAACCCCCUGACCUGAACAAUACUUUUUCUCUCUCUCUCUCUCUCUCUACAUAUAUAUCUAUAUAUCUAUAUCCAUAUAUCUAUAUACUUUCUCUCUCCCUCUCACACACAUAAAAUACACACUAUGUCAAUAAUAUACUCCCCUUCUUCUCCUACUCUUUUCUUCUCCACCACAAUCCCUAGGGUUUCUCUCUCACCUACUACUUCUAUUUCUACUUCAUCUGUACGCAUUCGCUCCGUUCUCCGCCGCUUUCCGUGUUUAGCAGUUUCCGGCGCCGCCGCUGAAGCCGUUCACCAUAACAAAUGCUCACCGUCUUCUGCCGCCGCUCCUCCGCCGGCCGGUUACUCUCGCACUUUCCUCGAUGCUCGGUCUGAACACGAUCUGCUUACUGGUAUUCAGAGAGAGUUAGAAGCUGGAGCAUUGCCAAAAACUAUUGCUCAAUCAAUGAAGGAGCUGUAUCAGAACUACAAAAAUGCAGUUCUUGAAAGCGGAGAUCCUCGUGCAGAAGAGAUUGUACUGUCAAACAUGUGUGUAGCAUUUGAUCGCAUGUUCUGUGACGUGAAGGAGUCGUUUGAAUUUUCACCAUAUCAUGAAGCUAUUCGGGAACCUUUUGAUUAUUAUAUAUUUGGUCAAAAUUAUAUUAGUCCUUUGAUCAAUUUCAAGGAAUCAUAUGUUGGAAAUCUCCCCCUUUUUAGUACAAUGGAAGAACAGCUCAAGCAGGGUGAUAAUGUGAUUUUGAUUUCAAACCACCAAUCAGAAGCAGAUCCAGCUGUUAUUGCCUUACUGCUUGAAAGAACAAAUCCACGUAUUUCUGAAAGCAUAAUCUAUGUGGCAGGGGAUAGAGUUAUAACAGAUCCUCUUUGCAAGCCUUUCAGCAUGGGAAGGAACCUCUUGUGCGUAUACUCGAAAAAACAUAUGAAUGAUGUUCCUGAGCUUGCUGAUAUGAAAAGAAGAGCAAAUACAAGAACUUUAAAAGAGAUGGCUUUGCUUUUGAGGGGUGGAUCGAAAUUAAUAUGGAUUGCACCAAGUGGUGGUAGGGACAGGCCAGAUCCCGUCACCAACCAAUGGUUUCCGGCACCGUUUGAUGCCACUUCACUUGACAAUAUGAGAAGGCUUGUGGACCAUGCUGGUGUGGUUGGUCAUAUAUAUCCUUUGGCCAUAUUGUGCCAUGACAUCAUGCCGCCUCCUCCUCAAGUUGAGAAAGAUAUUGGAGAGGAAAGGUUAAUUGGUUAUCAUGGGACUGGAAUAUCAGUGGCACCAGAAGUUAAUUUCCAAAAAGCCACUGCCUCUUGUGGAUCCACCGAGGAGGCCAAGGCAGCUUAUUCACAGGCACUCUAUGAUUCCGUCUGUGAGCAAUACAAUGUGCUACAGUCUGCCAUAAAUGGAGCCAAAGGCUUGGACGCAUCAACGUCCAGUGUUUCAUUAUCACAACCUGUGCUAUCUCUCGACUAGUUUAUGCUUUUGUCCCUAUUCCGUCCCAACUUGGAUUACAGGGCAAAGACUAUUCUUUUUACAUGACUUAGAUGUAUAGAUACUGAAUCAUAGAUCUACAAGCAAAUUCUAUCCAAAAUGCACAGCAAGAGAAGCGCCAUUAUAGUGGUUUUUAUAGGUGCGUAGUUUUUUUUAUAAUGUUUAGUGAAUUUAUAUUUGGAGGAAUUCCCUUGUACAGUUGUAUGUUCUGUUAGAUUCUCUUAUAAAGGGACCAUCAAGUUGUAGACAAAUCUCCAAAAACACACAUAUAUGUUGGGACCUUUUAGCUAACAGCAGCAAUAUAUGAAACUUUGCGACUUCUUGCCAA